AUUUUGUUUUAUAUUUUUAUUUUAUUGUUUCCCUUGUACGUGACUUUACCGAAAGAACCAAGAAUAUAGUACGUGUAUUGAUAUUUUAAAUCACAACUGCGUGGCGUCAUCGCAACCGUCACAAACGCGUGACGUCAUCGCAAACAGCACAUUAAAGAAACGCGUGGCGUCAUCGCAACCGUCACAAACGCCCGUCGUGACGUCACCGCGCGAGCAGCCCCCCCCACCUCCCCACACCACGGCGGCUUCUUUUACAUUUCGUAGCACGCAUAAAUCGCCUCGCCGCCUCGCGCCCGUCCAUUGGCCUCGCGCCGGCGUCACGUGAGCCCCGUCGCAGCGAAUCGGAAGCGCGGGCGCCGGCGAUGGCGCCCUUGUCCGCGCUGGGGUUUUCGAGAGCGCGGCGCGAGCCCCGACGGCGCCUGUGAGCGAACCGGAGGAGUUGGCCCCACAUCGGCCCAGCCGCCCCGCUCCUCCUCCUCCCCGCGUGUCGAGGCGAUUUCGGGUGAGAGGUGAGCGCUGAGCGGCGGCCGCGCCAUGUUCGAGCAGGAAGACCUGGAGGCCAAGCUCUCGUGCAGCGGAGUCGGCGUGAGGAAUGGGCUGCUGAGGAUCGGGCCCCCACAGCCCACGGGGCCCGCGCCGAGCCCGGCGCAGCCGACGCAAGGGAACGGACAGACGCAGGGCAGGCAGACGGCGGCGGCACCACCGUCCUCGCAGACGCCCGCGCAGACCGAGAGCCAAAGUGAGGCCCCCGCGCAGGGCCCGUCGCUGCAGGGUCACUCGCACGUUCAGGCGCAGCCCGCCGCACACGGCAAGGCCAAAGACCAGAGCCGGAACCCGGCACAGGGCCGGUCCCGACUGGGUCAGACGCUCGGGCCAGCCCAGCAGGCUCAGACGCAAGAUCCUCUUCCGAGUCAGGCGCGCGCGGCCGACAAAGCGCCGCUCUUGCCGGCGAGCGGCGAGCCCGCGGCAAAGGCGCACGCUUCGGUUUGGGGACAGGGUCCGGAGCAACCCCAGGGCUCUCGCCCGCACGGCCUCGCGCAGGCGGAGAUAAAGGGCCAAGCGCAGCCCCAGACUCCGAGCCAAAGCCAAGGCCUGGUGCAGGCCCAGGUGCAGAGUCUCGAGCAGCAGCUGCAGCAGCAGCAGCAGCAGCAGCAGAAGUCGAGCGCCAACUCGGGCCACUCGUCGGCCCAGCUGGAGGGUCCGAAGCAAAGCAACGGCGUCACCGCCACCGCCGAGGAGGCGGUGGGGGCUCCGUCGGCAGCGAGCAUCACCAAGGGCACGCCGGUGACGCGCGCCUCGCGGCCGUGCUGCUCGCAGUCUAUCACCACGGGCGUCUCCACAUCCUCCUCCUCCUCCUCCUCCUCGUCGCCAUCGUCCUCCCCGACCUCGUCCCCCCUGUCCCCGGCGGCGGCGGCGGCGCCGCCGCUGUCGCUGCUCUCCUCCUCGUCGUCCUCGUCGUCCUCGUCGUCGCUGGCGCCCCCGACGCCCCCCGUGUCCUCGUGCUCCCUGUCGUCCCUUUCCCCCACCUCCUCCUCGUCACCCUCCUCCCCCUCCUCGCUGCUGUCGCUGUCCUCGCCCGCCAGGGGCUGCGACGACUCCACGUCCUCGCCCGCGGCGGCCGCCGCGGCGGUGAUGUGCGCGGCGCCGCCCGAGCGCCGCGGCGCCUCCUGGCCGGGGCCCCCGGGCGGCGCGGCGGACGGUGCCGGCGGUGGCGCGGCGGGCGCCGGCGGAGGGAUGGGCGACGGGCCCUGGGACGGGGAAGAGGUCGCGACCGGCGCGGGCCACGGCGGCCCGGCCGAUACGCACGCCCUUCUCGACCACCGCGUGCUGGCCCGCCUCUUCCUCUACUUCACCAUCGCCGAGCGCCGCGUCCUGGCACAGGUGUGCCGCACCUGGCGCCGGGCGCUGUACCAGCCGCGGCUCUGGGAGGGCGUCACGCCGGUGCUGCACUGCGCGGAGCUCUACCGCAGCCUGGAGGCCAACGGCAACGGAGAGGCGGCACCGGGCGGCAGCGGCGACAAGGAGUUUGUGAGUCUGCUGGGCUUCGCGGCGCGAGGGUUCGACUCCUUCUGCCUCGUCGGCGUGUCCGAUCUGGACGUCUGCGAGUUCAUCGACAACUACCCGCUGGCGAAGGCCGGCGUGCGCGCGAUGGGGCUGCGGAGGUCCACCAUCACCGAUGCGGGGCUGGAGGUGAUGCUGGAGCAGAUGCAGGGCCUCGUGAAGCUCGAACUGUCCGGCUGCAACGACUUCACGGAGGCCGGGCUCUGGUCCAGCCUCAACGGCCGCCUGCAGGUGCUGGGCCUCAGCGACUGCAUCAACGUUGCGGACGACGCCCUCGCCGCCAUCGCGCGCCUCCUUCCCGACCUCUGCGAGCUGAGCCUUCAGGCGUACCACGUGACGGACGUGGGCCUGGCCUACCUGACGGCGCGGCCGGGCCUCCACAAGCUCUGCUGCCUGCACCUCCACUCCUGCUGGGAGGUGACGGACCGGGGCGUGGCCACGCUGGCACGGGGCUUGCCGGCGCUCACGCACCUCAGCCUCUCCGGCUGCUCGAAGCUGACGGACGAGGGCGUCGAAAUGGUGGUGGCGUGCCCCCCGGCCGGCGUGGCGGGCGCGGCGGGGAGCGGCCUGCUGGCCCUCGACCUGUCGUGGUGCCCGCGCAUCACCGACGCCGCCCUCGAGGCCAUCGCCUGCGAGCUGCACCGCCUGCAGGAGCUCGUGCUCGACAGGUGUGUCCGCGUGACUGACCUUGGCCUAGGAUACCUGUCCACCAUGCCCUCUCUGCGCUCCCUCAACCUGCGCUGGUGCUGCCAGAUCCAGGAUUUCGGGUUGCAACACUUGUAUGGAAUGCGCAGCCUCCGGGUCCUCUCGUUGGCAGGCUGCCCGCUGCUCACCAUGGCCGGCCUCUCGGGCCUGGCUCGCCUGGCCUCGCUCGAGGAGCUGGAGCUCACCAACUGCCCCGGCGCGUCGCAGGAGCUCUUCCGCUACCUGAACCAACGGCUGCCGCGCUGCGUCAUCGUCGAGUGACGUUCCGAGCCCUCCGCGCGGGGGACGGGGGUGAAGGGCGUCGGGUGGGGCCGCUGGGGACCAAGCGGGCGGGCACGACCAAAAACAAAAUUCUUGACAAGACGUCGAUGCGACAACACGACCAACCGCCCCCACCACGACCAACCACCCCCACAACGACCAACCGCCCCCACCACGACCAACCACCCCCACAACGACCAACCGCCCCCACAACGACCAACCGCCCCCACAACGACCAACCGCCCCCACAACGACCAACCGCCCCCACAACGACCAACCGCCCCCACAACGACCAACCGCCCCCACUACGACCAACCGCCCCCACAACGACCAACCGCCCCCACAACGACCAACCGCCCCCACAACGACCAACCGCCCCCACCCGCCACCGCAACGGUCGGCGUCUUCUCGUCGAUGUCGGGCGUUUUGACGAGCGGGACUGCUCGACGCGACUCCUCCCCACCCCCACCCCGUGCCUGUGCGGUUUUUCGUUGUUCUCAAGGCGGCGAUGGCGGCGGUGGUGAGCGCGAGUUUGCUGGCGGUCGGCGCCUCGUCGUUGCGUUUGGGGAGCGGCGUUCGGCCCCGGCCCGGGCCCGGCCCGGCGCGCCACGGGCCGUGCGUGUGCUUAGGCUCGUGCUGCCGUUUAUUUAUGCAUCCACGCUUUAUUUAAAGGGGAAGAAAUGGGGAAGUAAAUCGCUACCUGGAUAUCCGACCGACAAAGCGCGUGUCGUUUAUGAAGGCUGCCUUUAAUGUGCGCGCACUCUCGUGCGUACGCACACGCACAAAUGCACAAGCGGUCGUUACGGUUUUCCUCACGGUCACGUCUUUCAAAAGUGCAGCUUAAGUUUUAUUCUCGACACGAAACGUCCAAGCGCUGCGUGCGUGCGUGCGUGGCCGUGCCGUGACAGAGUUGCUUCUGAAAGCCUCGUUUGCAUCACCUCCUCCCGUCCUCGUCCUCGCUGCGCGACCCCUUCACCCCGCGCACACCCCCGAGCGACCGCGACCGCCGAUCGUCGCGCCGAUGCCCGGCACCCGAGGCCGGACGCAGGGUCGCCCCCCCCCGGGCGAGGCCACUCCCGGCCCUCGUUAACCCAAAUCGACGCCGAACGAGGGGGGAAACGGAACCCUGCGUGACGGCGGAGCGCAUGGCUUCCCAUGUAGCGCCUGUCGGAGACACGCUGGAACACUUGCGAAGUAUACGCGACAAAACCACUACACUUUACCGACCGCAGUACUCCGGGAGGUGGGG